GCCGUGCGCGCGCGUGCAUGUGCUGAUUCACGGUAGUGCUGUGUGCGCGGCUCGGCCGAGUUCCUGUUCUUCAGCUCAGCGGGCAGCACUUCUGAGCACUCCAGCCUUUUAGAAUGUCUGCGGUACCGAGGCGCAGCUCUAUGGGGGUCCCUAUAAAGAACAUAGAGCGUGAGCUGAUCUGCCCAAUUUGCAAGGAACUGUUCACCCACCCGCUUAUCCUGCCUUGCCAGCACAGUGUUUGUCACAAAUGUGUCAAAGAGCUGCUCAUGCUAAACCAGGACGAGUCGUUCAGCACGGAUGGUGGGUCUGAGUGCUCGAACCCUGGAAGCCCUCGGUCCAGAGUUCCCUCUCCCAGUAUGGAGAGGCUGGACAAGCUGGUCCGAUCAGCCUCACUCAGAAGGUCAUUUGGAGGGAGAGGUAGAUGUGGGUUACAUAAUUUGAAUAGCUGUAGGUCUGCGUCUUCCUCCCCCGGCUGGAGGCGCUCCUCAGUCACCCACCGUGUCACCAGCUUCCCAUGCCCAGGUUGUCAGCGUGACAUAGAGCUGGGCGAGCGGGGCAUCAGCAUGCUCUUCCGCAACUUCACACUGGAAAGUAUUGUGGAGCGCUACAGGCAGGCGGCCCGUGCAGCUGUCGCCAUCAUGUGCAACGUGUGCAAGCCGCCUACUGUGCAGGAAGCUACCAAGAGCUGCAUGGAUUGCAAGGCGAGCUACUGCAAUGAGUGCUUCAAGCUGAAUCACCCAUGGGGGACGCCCAGGGCCCAACACGAGUACGUCGGGCCGACGACUAACUUCAGACCAAAGGUGUUGAUGUGUCCUGAGCACGAGAUGGAGAAAGUUAACAUGUACUGCGAGGUGUGUCGCCGGCCAGUGUGCCACCUCUGCAAACUUGGUGGUUCUCAUGCUAACCAUAAAGUCACAUCCAUGAGCAGUGCCUACAAGAUCCUCAAGGAUAAGCUAUCAAAAAGUAUCCAUUACUUAAUUAGCAAAGAGGAGCAAGUGAGGACUCAGAUUUCUGAACUUGAGGUCUUGAUUCAGCAGACUGAGGAAAAUGGACAGCUUGCAGAGAGACAGGCGCAUGAGCACUUUGAGCGUCUGUUUGAGACCCUGCAGGAAAGGAAGAAUGAAUUGUUGCGGUCCAUCGAGCUGUCCAGGAACCGGCGUGUGGACAAGCUCAAGAGCCAGGUGGAGGAGUACCAGGGCAUGCUGGAGAACAGUGGUUUAGUGGGUUAUGCACAGGAAGUCCUCAAAGAGACUGACCAGUCCUGCUUCGUUCAGACUGCUAAACAGCUCCACAUCAGGGUUCAGAAAGCCACGGAGUCGCUGAGAACCUUUCAACCUGCUGCUAACCCCUCGUUUGAUGAAUUUGUUCUGGACACCUCAAAGGAAGAGUCCUUGCUGAAAGACCUUUCCUUUGGUGGAGUUCCUGAUCCUCCCAUGAUUGACCUGUCUCGGAGUCGAGUGUAUAACGAGGGCCUGAUUCACUGGAGGCUGCCUGAGGAUUCACUGCCUACUGACCACCAUGUCCUCGAGUAUAGAAAGGUGGCUGCAAAGGAUGAGGAGAGGCAGUGGCACCUGACCGAGCGUGUGCAUGGCUCCAGCACAGUGGUGUCUGAUUUGGAAAGUGAUUGCUGCUACGUGUUCAGGGUGCGGAGCUGCCGCAAUACCAUUCACAGCCCAUACAGCCCUGAGGUGUCCUUUCACACACCACCUGUGCCAGUGUUCAGCUUCCUGUUCAAUGAGAAAUGUGGCUACAGUGCAGAGCGUCUGCGGUUGAGCAAGCGGAGGGACUCUGUGGAGAGUACAGCUGGAAUGGCCUUUCUGUUGGCUGCUGAUCGGGUCCAGACUGGAAGUUACAUAUGCCUUGAUUACAUCAUUGGUGACAUGGGCAUCUCACAUGGCCGUCACUACUGGGCUUUCCAUGUGGAGCCAAGUUCUUAUAUGGUUAAAGUGGGUGUGGCAUCAGACUCUAAAAUGAGGGAGUGGUUCCACAACCCCCGUGACACCAGCAGCCCAAGGUAUGACCAUGACAGCGGGCAUGACAGUGGCAGUGAGGACACGUGCUAUGAGGUCUCUCAGCCCUUCACUCUGCUCACAGCAGGCAUGGGUAAGCUCUUUAUUCCCAAAGUGUCCCACGCUGCAGCCGCAGGAGACCAUGGCAGCCGUGUUCUGCCUCUGCCUCAGCGAAUCGGCAUCUGCCUCGACUAUGAUGCUGGCCGUGUCUUUUUCUACGAUGCUGACUUGAUGCGUUGCCUCUACGAGCGUCAGGUGGACUGUUCCGGAACAAUGUACCCUGCAUUUGGCCUCAUGGGGGGUGGAGCCAUCCACCUAGAGGAGUCAAUCGCAGCCAAGCGCCUCUCUUACAUGUGAAAUGUGUCCGAGUUGAUUUGCUGAACACUAUUCUAUUGGCUUAUUUUGUCCCUGGCUUCUCAAGUCAUAUGUAGCAAUCUUUUGAAAACACUAUUUUGGUGCACUAUUUUAGUUGAAGAGCCACAAGUAACCUGCAAAACCAUUGGUUCAGUGCCUUUUAGGAGGCCAAUUAGGCAGGUGUUUGUCAGCACUUAUACACAUCAGGGGUAGUAAGUCACACACGUGCAGAAGAACACAUUACACCUUAACAGUGCAAAGUUUUGCAGAUGUCACCUACUUGCUGUUCUUGUGUGAGCAAUGUAAUGAUUCUGAUGUUGCAAAUGAGUAAGUUAACCAACACUCACUAAUACCUGUGCACUAAUAACUGGCUUUGAAAACUGUUCUGAUUUGUAUUAACACUGCUUGGGCAGGCUUUUUUAAAUUAAGAAAUUAUUUAAGAAUCAAAGAGCUAAUAAAUAAUUUGCAAUGAAAUCGAAUCUAUUCUAAACAGUCUGUCUUAAAACUCCAUGAAGGUGCACGCUUGCCGUGGAUUGUCACAUACGUGUGUAAGGACACCUUGUCGUGAUUGUAAUUAAAUGCAGCAUUGAAUGAAUAGCUUUUGGAUUUUGAAUGUAUUUUUUUGUUUAAAUGCAGAGUAGCAUUUGAAUCACAGCCGUGCUGCUAGGUUUUAACCAGGGUAUGAGUACAGACACUGAUUCAGAAGGUGAUUGGUUUAAUAUGCACCAUCAUAGCCAGUGCAAAAAUGACAGGAGGGAAACUGAUCUGGCCUUAAGUGAAGGAUUACAGAUUUGCUGCAACAUUACUGGCUAUAAAGGGACUUAAGUGGAGUAACAGUAAAUGGAGUGGGAUUGUGAUGCGAUUCCUCAGGUACUCACCCUUUGGGCUUUCUCGUACCUACCUCUAAGUCCUGAAAUAAUUGGCACUGGUUUUCUACUGAGUUUGAGGUGGUGGUAUAGCAUGUGCCUAUUCACUAAACCUCAAAGGGUUUGUUUGCUUCUUAACCUGGAACCCUAUGCGUUACCAAAUCGGAGCAUUUUAUUCUAACAUUAAGUCUUAAGUUGUUGGAACUGCUUUGAUUUAACUCCAAACGUUUUUUUUUAAUGCAUUUUCAAAUUAAAAUGCUUUUUCUAUUGUUUUCCUACUUGGUGUACUUUUAUCGUAGCAUAAAACCUUUAUGAAAGGAACCCUUUUUUUCUUUUUUAUUAUUAAAGAAAGCAUUAUCACGUUCUAACAAGUCUUAUUUCCUCACCUAAUAAAUUUUAAAUGUGUCCUUAGAAUUUGUCAGUAGAAAUGGAUUUGUUUGUGAUAAUUAAAAUAAUGUGAAUGGUGGUAUUGUCAUCACAAAAUGGUGAAAUAAUGGUACGCUCUUCCAGUGGUCACUUUUAUUGACACUAAUUUUCACAUUUCUUUCCACAGUGGAUUCAAGGGAGAAUCUAUGCACAUGAGUUUAGUUUCUGGCUUGUGUUGUCACGGAGUGUAAUGGUAACCAACAAGAAACCAUUUUGUUCCUUGUACACGUUAAACUGUUCGGUCUGUCUUGGGGUGGUGGUGGUUCUGUUUUCACUGAUCACUUUUGAUGUAAACUUAGUGGUAGAGUAUGAGGAUACUGCGAGUUGUACUUGCUUCAUAAACAGGUCAUGAUGUCUUUCAGUGGCCAUUUUAAUUCAUCUUAAAGAUAGCACUUUAUAGCAUGUUGAGUCUCAUGGUGUGGUGCAGGUGUGUGUGUGUGUGAAGUAGUGUGCAAUAUAAUUUCCUCCACAGUGCGUACUGUACAAUGAAAAAUGAGCUGUAGUGUGACCUUGCUUGUUGUGAUAAUGCUUUAAUGAAAACGAAAAGGUGUCUUGUAUUUAUAUUGCUUGUUUUCAUUUACCAUGUCGGGUUUUGAUAAAAUAAAGGUUGAAAUUGGGA